GCCCGCCUGCGCCGCCGAGCCGGUGCCCGGCGUGGCGGGGCUGCGCAACCACGGCAACACGUGCUUCAUGAACGCCACGCUGCAGUGCCUCAGCAACACCGAGCUCUUCGCCGAGUACCUGGCGCUCGGCCAGUACCGCGCCGGGCGGCCAGAGCCCGAGCCCCCCGCGGCGCGCGGCGCGCCGGGCCAGGGCGAGGUCACCGAGCAGCUGGCGCACCUGGUGCGGGCGCUGUGGACGCUGGAGUACACGCCGCAGCACAGCCGCGACUUCAAGAGUAUUGUGUCAAAGAACGCACUGCAGUAUCGGGGAAAUUCCCAGCAUGAUGCCCAGGAGUUUCUGCUGUGGCUUUUGGACCGAGUUCAUGAAGACCUCAACCACGCUGUGAAGCAGAGUGGCCAGCCACCGCUGAAGCCUCCAUCAGAGACUGAUUCGAUGCCUGAGGGCCCAUCUUUUCCUGCGUGCAGCACAUUUGUCCAAGAACUGUUUCAAGCCCAGUACCGAUCUUCUUUGACAUGUCCUCACUGUCAGAAACAGAGCAACACGUUCGACCCUUUCCUCUGCAUUUCUCUGCCUAUUCCUCUGCCCCACACAAGGCCGCUGUAUGUCACUGUAGUGUAUCAGGGGAAGUGUUCUCACUGCAUGAGGAUUGGUGUGGCUGUGCCUCUGUCGGGGACUGUCGCCAGACUUCGGGAAGCAGUGUCUAUGGAGACAAAGAUCCCCACUGACCAGAUUGUGUUAACAGAAAUGUACUAUGAUGGAUUCCAUCGUUCAUUCUGUGAUACAGAUGACCUAGAGACAGUCCAUGAAAGUGACUGCAUUUUUGCCUUUGAGACGCCAGAAAUAUUUAGGCCUGAAGGAAUUCUCAGUCAAAGAGGAAUUCACUUAAACAACAAUCUAAACCACUUGAAAUUUGGCUUGGAUCAUCACAGACUGUCUUCUGCUACACAAACAACAGUAAAGCAAGGGAAAACGGAUCAGCCCAGCACCAGAGCAGGGAGUGACAAGAUUGUUCUGUUGGUGUGUAACAGAGUCUGCACUGGGCAGCAAGGGAAGAGGUUUGGAUUGCCUUUUGUCUUGCACUUGGAGAAGACAGUAGCCUGGGACUUUUUACAGAAGGAAAUCUUGGAAAAGAUGAAGUAUUUCUUGAGGCCUACUGUUUGCAUUCAGGUGUGUCCAUUCAGCCUGCGUGUGGUCAGUGUCGUGGGAAUAACGUACUUGCUGCCGCAGGAGGAGCAGCCCUUGUGCCACCCAGCGGUAGAAAGGGCAUUAAAAUCUUGUGGACCAGGUGGUACUGCUCAUGUGAAAUUAGUGGUGGAGUGGGACAAGGAGACAAAAGAUUACUUGUUCGUGAAUACUGAGGACGAGUACAUCCCUGACUCAGAGAGCGUCCGUCUGCAGAAGGAGCGUCACCAUCAGCCUCAGACCUGCACUUUGUCCCAGUGUUUCCAACUCUACACCAAAGAGGAGCGGCUCGCCCCAGACGACGCCUGGCGGUGCCCACACUGUAAGCAGCUGCAGCAGGGGAGCAUUACGUUAAGCCUGUGGACGCUGCCGGAUGUGCUCAUCAUACACCUCAAGAGAUUCCGCCAGGAAGGAGACAAGCGCAUGAAACUUCAGAACAUGGUCAAGUUCCCCUUGACCGGCCUGGACAUGACCCCUCAUGUGGUUAAGAGAAGCCAGAGCAGCUGGAGCUUGCCAUCCCACUGGUCCCCAUGGAGACGGCCCUACGGACUCGGGAGAGACCCUGAGGACUACAUCUAUGACCUGUAUGCUGUGUGCAAUCACCAUGGCACCAUGCAAGGGGGGCACUACACAGCUUACUGUAAGAACUCCGUGGACGGCCUGUGGUAUUGCUUUGAUGACAGUGAUGUGCAGCAGCUGUCAGAGGAUGAAGUGUGCACACAGACAGCCUACAUCCUCUUCUACCAGAGGCGGACGGCCAUCCCGUCGUGGUCAGCCAACAGCUCGGUGGCAGGCUCCACAAGUUCAUCCCUGUGUGAGCACUGGGUGAGUCGGCUCCCGGGGAGCAAGCAAGCUAGCGUGACCUCCGCAGCCUCUUCCAGACGCACCUCGCUGGCCUCGCUCUCGGAGUCUGUGGAGAUGACCGGGGAGAGAAGUGAAGAUGAUGGAGGCUUUUCAACUCGACCAUUUGUGAGAAGCGUCCAGCGUCAGAGCCUGUCAUCUCGAUCCUCUGUCACCAGCCCUUUGGCCAUCAAUGAAAAUUGCAUGAGACCGUCUUGGUCCCUGUCUGCUAAGCUGCAGUUGCGUUCCAGUUCUCCUUCCCGAUUCCCAGGGGACUCUCCCCUUCACAGCUCCGCCUCCACCUUGGAGAAGAUUGGGGAGGCAGUAGAUGACAAGGUCUCCAUCUCCUGCUUUGGAAGUUUGAGGAAUCUUUCUAGUAGCUACCAGGAACCAAGCAGUACUCACAGUCGACGUGACCGCAGGGCUGUGGGCCGGGCCCCGUUGGCUGUCAUGGAAGGUGUGCUCAGAGAUGAGUCUGACAGCCGCAGAUUGAACUCCAGUGUUGUGGAUACACAGAACAAAAACGUAGCACAAGGGGAUCACUUACCUCCGGUCUCUGAUCCAUUUGAUAACAAUAAUCAGAUUGCUUACGUGGAUCAGAGUGACUCUGUGGACAGCUCUCCAGUCAAAGAGGUGAAGCCCCCGAGCCACACAGGCUCACUCACAAAGAAGCCAGAGAGCACAGCCAAGCGAUCUCCCAGUUCCAAAGGCGCUUCUGAGCCAGACAAAAGCUUGCGGAAGGGGAGGCCAACCUUGGCCAGCCAGGACUCAUCUCUUUCAAGUACAUCCCCUUCUUCUCCUGUUCCCGUGAAAGUCUCUCUAAAGCAUUCCCGCUCUCGAAGCAAAGCAGAUUCAUCUUCCAGGGCCAGUGGCAGGCAUUCAUCCCCUGCCCCUGGCCAGCCCAGGAAGGAGGCAUCCCCCAAGUCCCAGGACUCAGUGUCAUCUCCUUCACCACAGAAGCAGAAGUCAGCUUCUGUCCUCACUCACACUACUUCUACGUCUGCCAAAAAAGCCUCGGGCCCUGCCACCAGGGGCCCCUUCCCUCCUGGGAAGAGCAGGACUUCAGAUCGGACCUUGAGUAGAGAGGGCUCCAGACAGAGCCUGGGUUCUGAUAGAGCCAGCCUUACAUCCACCUCUAAACCCAGCUCCCCUCGGGUGAGCCAGGCCCGAGUGGGGGAGGGCAAGGGCGACGGCAAGCACGUGCGGAGCUCCUCCAUGGCCAGCCUGCGCUCCCCCAGCACCACUGUGCGGUCCGGGCUGAAGAGGGAUAGCAAAUCUGAGGACAAGGGGCUGUCUUUCUUCAAGUCCGCCUUGAGACAGAAGGAAACCCGGCGGUCGACUGACCUUGGCAAGACGUCCUUACUCUCUAAAAAGGCCGGUGGAAGCUCUGUCAAGUCAGUUGGUAAGAACGUGGUGGAUGACAAGGCAGAGAAAGGCUUCCAGCCUCCAGGCUCCCAGCAGCCAAGUGCCAACCCAGCUGGAAAGGAGCCUGUCUGCAAGGACCCUGCCUCUGCUAAACAUUCCCUGCUGUCUGCCCGAAAAUCCAAGUCUUCCCAGCUAGAUUCUGCAGUUCCUGCAUCUCCCAGUGGCAGGCAGUCUGCUGAGAAAGCCUCCAAAAAGUUACCUGCUAGCAUGCAAACCUCUGCACGGCCUUCUCAGAGACCUCAGUGAUAUUCCUGCAAUCCAAGUGUUCUGUCUGUAAAGAUGUUUAUUUAUUUAGAAGCUCCCCCUCCCACCAAAGCCCUUUAUUCUUUUGUUUUGUAAUUUUUGGGUUAUCUGCCUGACUGUGCCUGCGUGCGUGUGUGUGUGUGUGCGUGUGUGUGUGUGUGAACAAUUUAAUUGCAAACUGUUAAAAGUGUCGCCUUACUCUGUCAUUGAACCAAAUAACAGCCAUAGGCAAAGCAUCUAGAACAAGCUAACCAGAAUAAUUAUAGAUGAUACCCUGGACAUACCCUUUAGCAAAUGUACAUAUUUCUUUCUAGAGAACUCUUAAUGACUUUCAUUGGACACUAGGGUUUUGAACCUGUGAACCAGGUAAGCUAUCAUCAGUGUAGAGGCUUUGACUUAGGUUUCAUUUGAGCAGGAUUUGGCCUCACUGGAAUUUUCGAGUGAUGACACCAGGAGCUUUAAAAACUGAUGCUAAUAUUUAGAGGGAAAAACUUGCUUUCUGCACUUUCGUCCCCCAUCUACCAGUCUUUGUAAAGGGCAAUAUUUUAACACUAAUGUUUCUCAGGUAUAUAUAUACUCAGCUAGUCUAGUGCAUCAGUAAAUGGAUUAAAGAAGGUGACACGCGGGUGACUGUCAUUUCUUAUACUGCCACAGGUGAGAGGUUUCCGAGGUAGUUAAAAAUCUUUCGCUACCUUCCUGUCUGCAGAAGUGUGCACACCCUAGCCUGUCUUGGCACUUGGGCUGUGUCCUAAGGUGGCAGACUGGAUAAGCAGAGAGCCGUCACUAGGCACACUGCUUCGCUUCUGUAUUGGCUCGCUAAGGCCACUGGGAUUUGAGCUGUAGCAGAGCAGUUAACACCUUUGAAAGAUACCUGGAAAGAAAUGUGCUGUAAGCUGGACGUACGCACCGACACAUUCUCCUCCUCUGCUGUGCUUUUCCUUGGUAGGAGUUGAAGGCUCCAUGCUGCACCUUGCCUACGUGCUUGUUUCCUCAUCUUAUAAUUUGGAAAGAAACCGCCUCCUGCUGAGAGUCAGUGGCGUGCCGAAGUGACAUACGGCAGUAUGUUCAGAUGCACUUGAGGUCCUGCCUGCCAGUCCUUGCGAAGGCUGCCUUUCAGUAAUUCGUCUAUAUCUUCCUUGUGCUGAGGAUUUAAUUUCUUACCAAGAACUUGCAAGCAGGAUUUGGAGACUGUUCCAUCUGGCAUUGUCAGUACAAAUUGCAUUUCUUUUACAGAAAAAGGGGAUCCUCACAGAAAUAUCAGAUAAGUAGUCUGUACUCAAAGCUCUCUGAAGCUUUGGGGAGGCCUGCAAAUGAUUUCCUGCUCAAGUUCUACUUUUCUCUUUUUUUUUUUUUUUUUUUUUAACUAUUAAGAGAGUCACAGUCCUGACUGUCCUUGAACAGCAUAUGUCACUUUGCCACAAGAUGUAGUGUGCCAAGUUUGUGUGCUUUACUUUGUUUGGAUCAUAAACAGUUGAAAUUUUUCUGGACUCUGGGUGCACCGAUCCAUUUAUCAUCAUGCUUUAUGUGCUGGGUGUGAAGUAAUCGCGAAGCAUAAGCAAGCGGCGGCGUGGAUUCUGCACUGCCUUUUCCUCUCUCUCCUUUUCUAUGAGUAUCUCUUGGGAAAUAUUUCCAGUGGGCUAUUGUAACUUCAUGUUGCUGCUACUCUGAGCAUUAGCUGGUGCCUUCCAGGUUUGGAGGUCACGUAUGCUGAGGGUGGCCGACAGCAGUUAGCACUGACACGCUCGGUCUCAUAAAGGUCGCGUAUUGCUCCAUGUCAUUUGCCGGGUGCAGCCCAUUGCACCUGCCCUCUGCCUCGCCGCCUUGUGGGUUUGCUCGUCCAGAUUCUGAGGGCUUUCCAGAGCGGCUGUGUGCUGCACCGAGCGGUUGCUGUCGGCGCUGGCUGCCUCCGUGCUGCGUCGCUUCCGUGGCGCCAGCAGCCCCUCGACCGCCUUGGCUGGCUUUGUUUCCUGAGAAGGGUGCACCCAGCUAGGGACCAUCACUACCGGGAACCGGGUGUGUGUCACGUUCGCAUCCCUCAUCCUUGUUUAGCAGAUGGGUCUCCUUUGAAAUGUCUUAGGUGUGGCUGACACAGUCUUAUUAGAGUAAUAGUUUGAUAAUAGCCAGAGGGUUUUAAUAACCCAUUUUUUUGCCCUAAUCAGUUAAGCAUUAGUAGAAACUAGUUUUAUUUUCACAGUGAUAAAUAUCUUUAUUCUGAAGUCCUGUAGGAAUAGAAUUUCCAUUAUGUAUAAUGUCUUUUUUAAAAACUCUACAGAUCUCUAAUUUUCCAUGGGAUCUAGAAAUAAAAUUUAUAGUAAAAUCUAUAAAUGUAUGUCUAUGAAAUUUAGUCCUUGUUUCAGAUUUAAUUAAAUAGGAAAAAUCAGUACGUAUCAUGACAUUGUCUAGGAAUCGUUCAGCUAUUAUAUUUCCAUGAUUGAUAAACAAUGAACAUUUCACUAUUCCUAAAAACAAGGUGAAACUUGACGCCACAGGAAAGGAUAUUGUGCUCAAGAGUUGAAGAUGCAGAGUGAAGAGUCAUCGGGAAUGUGCUCACUUGGCUCAGUUCAGUUCGUUAGGGUGAGCGACUUGUGUUUUGUCCCUCGUGCCCCCUGGUGGCAUUUGGCAUAAUGAGUAUGUAUGUGCUGUAGGAGCAUCUGCUAAGGAUGGUAAGUGUGGGAUUCUGGUCAGCGACCAGAUGGGCCUAGUUAGUACAGUCAUUUC